AUGGAUAAUUCUUCACAAUCUUCACAAGGAUUCUUGCUGCUCGACUAUAGCCAAGAUAAAUUACAAGAGGAUUUAAUAAAUGUUGAGGACAUGAAUUCAUCAGAUGAUGAAAAAGAACACGACAAUGAUCCCAUUGCAGAAGAUAUACCAAUUUUGCAAGAAAUAAGUAACGAAGAAACUGGCGAUGAAUAUACUGAAGAGAUUCCUGCGAUUAAGUCAAAACAAACUACACCAUGCGUCAUAAUCGAUAAUGAUCAUGGAGAAAUACGACGCUGUAAUAGAGAAUCUGCUAAGGGAUUGCGAAAAUUAAUCGGUGUCUGGGAAAUUGACGAAGAUGCUGUUAAUGAU